UGUGUGAGAUGUCAGAUAGCUGAAGAGACGAGGCAGUGAUCAUUAUUGAGUGCUGUUUUACCAUAAAAGGAUGACCCUGCUACUGAUCAUUUUGCUGCUCCUCUGUGCUCGUUCAUAUUGGGGUGUUUUGUCGGAUGCAAACAGUGUGAUUCAGAGUCCAGAUCUUUCUGUCCUGGAAGGAGAGACAUUGAACAUAUCAUGCUGCUGGAGCAACAAUACUCAAAGAACCGGAAUUCAAUGGCUGAAAAACCAAAGCUUGAUCAAGACUGAAACGGUCAACCUUCAUCCUGGAGGUUCUCAGACUGACAAGCCGAUGAGCUGCUCACUUCUGAUGCUUACAAAUAUCACAAGCAGAGAUUCAGGGACGUACAUCUGCAAGAUCACUGUGGAGAUACCAGUUUUAGAUGUGUUUGAGGGAAGCGGUACAACCAUCACAGUUACAACCCCGGUGACCAGCACAGCUGGAGGAUUUCUAGCCCAGAUGCAGAACACAGACACAGAGGCAGGAGAAAAAGUCCAAAGGUUUAUUGGAUACAGAGCAGGGUUCUUCCUGGAAGGCAGAGAGGACAAACAGGUCAGGUGCAGAUUCAGGUUCCAGGGAGUCAGACAGGCAGGCUGGCUCGGGCUUGCUAACCAUAACAGGGUCAAAACAAUCCGGCUCAGAGUGGAGCUCUCCUCCAGCUUAUGA